AUGGCGGGCAAGAAGCACCAGGGGGCGGGGGCAGGUCAGGCGGAACACGGUCGCGGGCCGAAGGCGCUGUGGAGGUUUCUGUUCGACUUGCCAGUCGGCUGCGUCAAGCUCGCGCUGCUUCUCUCGUGCUGCCUGUGGGCGUACAGGAUCCGCCUGGCGGGCGUGCACAUUUACGGCUACCAGAUCCACGGCUACGACCCCACCUUCAAUUGGCACGCCGCACGCUAUUUGGCGAAGCACGGCUGGCAUUCAGAGGAUGGAAAAGGUACCGAUACCGCUAUCCUUCCCUGUUAUGUUUUUGUUGGGGGGGGCCUCCUAGGAGGCCUUCGUCGCGACGGCCUGACUCUGCCUCAGACUUUGGUCGGAACGCCACCUCGGGAUGAGUGCGCACGGGGAGUGGUGGUAUCGGAUUUUAACAGUUUACAGUCGACCCGCAGAGUAAGGAUGGGCAUCCCUCCCAAGGGUACCCUUGCAUCCUUGCUUCCUGGGUCCAUCCUUGGAAACUUUCGUUGGCCGCGCCCCGCUCGAAACGCUUCGAAAUGA